CGUAUCCCGGAUUUCCCGGAGUUGGCGUGCACGAGCGCUCGCGAUCUCGUUCUCCACAACCGGAGCAAGAUGUGAACUCGAGACUGAGUGCUGUGUUGGUUCCUGCCGUCGAACGUGGAAAUGACAUAAAAAUCGGACCCCACGAUGAAGUCCUCCAAGUACACCCAGGCCAGCACGCCCAACGACAACGACUACCGCGACUACCAGAACGUGGGCGUGACGCUGCUCCCCGACGAAAGCAACCAGAACCUGGGGGGCCAGCGCAGCUCCGAUUUUCUCCUCAAGGGGGCCUACGACCCGUUCCGGCCGCCGGAUCGCUUCAGCCCCGAGCGCAACGCGAAUCGUUUUCCGGUGGACAUCGAGCUGUGCAGCUGCGCCAAGGAGGCCGCCUUCAAGGGCCCCCACAUGGUGAUGAACCGCUCUUUCAGCACGCUGCCCAAGUUCGACACCACCAACCUGAGUCAGUUCAGUCUGGACCGGAAGCUGGCCAAGUUCCCGCCGCGCCACCACCAGAAGCACGGCUUCCAGUGCGAGGUCCAGAGGCGGGUCCAGAGUCCGGAGAUCAUCAACAUCCACCGCGGGCCCAGCUCUCUGUACGAGUACGGUGACGGGAACAACUGUGCGGUGAAGUCGUGCGCGUACGAUAAGGAGUUUAAGUGCGAUGAUUACGGGUUCCGGCGGGGGCAUCCGUUCCGGACGAGCUCCAGGUCGAGCCACGGUCACCCGAAGCGGCGGCCGGCCGGCGACGGCAUGGACGCCGAGAUGGACGACCCGGAGCUGAUGUUCGAGAUGGCGGAGCACCUGGGGGACUGCCAGUGCGCCUGCGACCACGUGGUCUACAGCCCCAGCUACAGCACUUGCCUGCAGGAGGACCGCGUCUUCGCCCCCGCCCCGGACGUGACUCGACGGAUGGGCUCGCCGAAGGUCGGCGGCAAACCGGAGGCGCCAGGAUCGCCCCCAUACUACCGUUCGACGUCCGCAACCAGCUCCAGCUCGAAUUCGGCAUCCUCCAGAAUCGAGCUCUCGACCCGCCACUGGUGGAUAAUCGUGACUGUGUUGCUGCUGGCGGCGGCGGCCGGGGUCGGGGUUCCUAUCGCCUUAAAGAUAAGCUCAAGUGCCUCCUUCGAGGAACGCUUGGAGUUCGCCACACGAUUGCUCCAAGAAGUGCCUCUAAUCGACGGUCAUAACGACCUCCCGUGGAACAUCCGCAAGUUCCUCCACAACAAGCUGAAGAACUUCAAGUUCAACGAGGAUCUGCGGAACGUCUCCCCGUGGUCCACCAGCGCCUGGAGCCACACGGACCUGGUCAGGCUGAAGGCCGGACACGUCGCCGCGCAGUUCUGGGCAGCGUACGUCCCUUGCGAUUCCCAAUACAAGGAUGCGGUCCAGCUGACAUUAGAGCAAAUUGACGUAAUCAGAAGAUUCACCGAAUUGUAUCAUCCGAAGCUGACUUUGUGCACAUCCUCCGAAGAUAUCAAAGCGGCGUAUCAGAGACAUCAGAUGUGCUCGCUGAUAGGGGUGGAAGGAGGGCACUCGCUGGCCGGCAGUCUGGCGGUGCUCCGCACCCUCUACCACGUGGGGGUGAGGUACCUCACGCUCACCUCCACAUGCAACACGCCCUGGGCCGACUGUUCCCACGCCGACCUUCCGGGUAAAAAACCGGAGCACGGAGGACUCACGAGCUUCGGAAAGAGCGUCGUAAAGGAAAUGAACCGUCUGGGUAUGAUAGUGGACUUAUCGCAUGUUUCUGUGCGAACGAUGUGGGACGCUUUGGAGGUCUCAAAAGCUCCGGUGAUAUUCAGCCAUUCCUCGGCUCACGCACUUUGCAACUCGACCCGGAAUGUUCCGGACGCCACUCUAAGGAAGCUCGCUCUGAACAAAGGCGUCGUCAUGGUCAACUUCUACACGCAGUUUCUUACAUGCAAGGACGUCGCAACGGUCGCCGAUGCCGUGGCGCACAUAAAUCACAUCCGGGAGGUGGCCGGUGUGGAUAACGUGGGCCUGGGGGCCGGCUACGACGGGAUUAACUAUGUUCCCCAGGGACUGGAGGACGUCUCCUCGUAUCCCACUCUGUUCGCCGAACUGAUAGGCACCGGCAAAUGGAGCGUCGAAGACCUGAAAAAACUGGCGGGAUUGAAUUUCCUGCGAGUGUUGCAGGAUGUGGAGAAAAUAAGGGAUGAGUUCAAGAAGGCGAACAUCCCGCCGUACGAGGACGUCCUGCAGCCGAAGCCGAAGAGCAACUGCAGCUCUCAGGAUUGAUUCAUGCAUUGUUGUUAGGGUCUGGACUAGUGAAAUUUUUAUUAAUCUAUAAAUUUUAAUAAAUUAAUAAAACCUGGUGCUAAAGAUGAUUAGGAGUCGAUUUUAUAAGUUACUGACUGGGUGUGAAUAGUGGCCAAUCAGAACUUUAUCGAGGGAUGUUUUUAGGAAUAGUGUAACAUAAUGGGUAAUUUUAAGGAGACCUCUGUGGAAAAUAUUUCGCUUCGAGAUUAGUUUGUAGAUGAAACGGAGCGACCCGGUGUCGGGGAGCUCCGACCUUUACAUAUAAGCUUAAGUUUGUGAUACCUACGACCUUUUGUAAAUUAUUGUAAAUUUCAUAUUUUGUGUACGUUAUUCGUGACGGACUUUAUUUGGAAACCUUAUGUGUUCAUAAAUGUACUAAUCCAAUAAAACCAAUGACUGAUAGAUUCCUAAAUCUUACCAUUAUGAAACCAUUAGAUAGGUCUAAUGAACACUCAUUGAAACACUGCUAUGCAUGAAAGAAACGGAAUUUACUACGUACAUUUAUGGAUACUAUUAUUACAUAUAAUGAUAUUCAUAAAUGUAAGCCACUGAUUUUAGCAAUAAUUUCUAUAAGUUUAAUAGAAAUUGUAGAUUUGCGGACAUUUCAUUCAAACUAAUACGAAUGUGUCUCAUUAAUGCUUGUAAUGGAUAUUCGUUGACUUCUUGGAGAUUUUUAUUACGUCUUGAGAAAUUGUGAAAUAAAUAGGACCAAUUUCUUACUGUUUAUAACUGUUUUAUGUGUAUAUAAGAACACUGCUAUUAUUAACCAACAUAUCAUAGAAAUAGGGCCGUUAUUCUUAUUACAGCAAUAUAAAGAGAUAAGUGUUUAUUUAAAACGCAUUUAUGUUCCCUGUGUUGUUUUGUGUACCAAUACAUUUUUAUAACUGC